UUGUGUUUGCAAUUUUUAAAAGAUGUUUCUACUCUAUCUAUUCCAGAUUCAACCAUGAUGCUUCUGACGUGCUUUACAACUUUCGCGCUGGUUGGUCUACUGGCUGCCGCGCCCACCUCUAACAACGAUGACGAUCUUUUGAUAACCACGGAAUUCUUCAUUAAGGAUUUCGUGAAGUAUCAAGCUGACCACGACAUUGUCCAAAUUCUCGUACCACUUAACUCGCUCAACUUUAACGAAGACGACUCAAGUUCCUCUGAAUCAAAAGAAUCAGAUACGGAGAUUAUUAUAUUCUUCGUCGAGGCUGACGUGCAACCAGAUGGAAGCUAUAUAGACCAAGGAUUGUAUGUACUUAAGGAAGGUAAAGCUAAGAAACUCCUUGACAAUGGCAGAGAUGCCGCUGCAUCCGGGGAUAGCAGCAGAAAAGUUUUCUUCGGGGCUAAGGACGGUCUCUAUGUAUACAACCCAGCCACCAAUUCUGCUGAAAAAUAUGGAACAAUAAUAGACAGCAUUAUUGGAAUUGCUAAAGAGAAGGAAGGCGAUGUUAUUUACAUCUUGACUGAAGGUCGUGAAGUGUACAAAGUUAGUGACAAUGGUGAGAAAAAGGAGCUCUUAGACGACGUUGUAAAAGCUAAGCAAAUUGUCCUGGAUUACGAAAACAAUCUUUAUUUCUAUGGCGAUGAUGGUAAACCGUACGUACGCACGACCGAAGGUGUUAAAAGAGUGGAAGGUCUCCCAGAAGUUUCGGGAAAAGUUACGCUAGUUAAGCCACCAAUAUUUCUGGAAAACGGUGUACCUUACAUAGCUAGUAACAAAGUGUAUCUUCUUUACGCAAACGGGACGAGCCAACGAACUCAUAUGGAGUUCCAACACGAUGGGUUGCCAACAGCAUUCGCCCCGGAAACCGCGCUUAUUCAAUACUAUGCACACGAUAAGAAAAUCUACGAGUACAAUAUCUUAGCUCUGCUGAUAAGCACCGUUUUGGAAGACAUCAGCGAUUACCUCAACCAGAAAGCAAAUGAAAUCAGAACCAUCGCUUCGAACCACGAAUCAUUGAAACGUAAAAUAAAAACAUAGGGUACCUACACAGCGAAAUAUUUUUUUUUGAUACAUAAACAAAUUA